AUGGAACGAGAUCGAGCCUUGGGUUCAAUCAACAGUCCACCUUGGUUUGAUGGGGAAGAUUAUUCCCAAUGGAAAAUUAUGAUGAGAGCAUUUUUGUACUCUCAAGAUGAAAAUAUGUGGAAGAUUGUUGAGACAGGGUGGGUUCAUCCAACCAAACCUGAAAAUUCUAAGGCUACUGAGUCUUCGGGGGCCAAAAUGAUUCCUAAACCAAAGGAAGAGUGGAGUACGGAAGAGGUCCGUGAUUGUAAUCAUGAUUUUAAGGCUAGGAAUAGUUUAUUCACUGCCUUAUCAAAAAAGGAAAGGGUUAGGAUUAGUCAUUGUGAGACUGCUAAGAAAGCUUGGGAUCUUCUCCAGGUUACUUAUGAGGGCAAUAAGAGAGUUAGAGCACAAAAGCUUCAGAGGUUGGUCCUAGAAUUUGAGAACAUGACAAUGGGGAAUGAUGAGUCAGUUGAUGACUUUCAUGCUAGACUUAUCAAUGUGACAAGUCAGUGUCAUAGCUUAGGUGACCCAUUUGAAGAACAUCGUAUUGUUAAGAAGUUCCUUAGAUCUCUUCCACCUAGCUUUCAGUCCAAGCAAACAGCCAUUGAGGAAGCUCAGGAUAUUGACACAUAUUCUCUAGAUGAACUUGUAGGCAAUCUCAAAACGUUUGAGAUGAGAAUUAAACCAGAAAAAAAGGAGAAAAAUAUAGCGUUUAACUCUGUCAAAAAGGAAGAAGAUGCUAGCACUGAAGAUUUGGAUUACUUGACAAAACAGUUCAAGAAAUUCUUUAAGUCUAGGAACUCCUCUGGUCAAGGGUCAAAAAGUGUUUCUGAGUCUAAUUCAAAACAAGGUCAAGCUUCUGACAACUCCUAUGGGAGGAACUCCAAAAAUAGUAAAUAUCUCCAAAAGAAAAACUUUAGUGAAAAACCUAAAUGUUUUGAGUGUGGUGGGAUUGGUCAUUUAGCGAUUGAUUGUGGAAACAAAAGGUACAACUCACGUGUGGGUAAAGCCUUAAGGUCCACUUGGAGUGAUAGUGAGUUUGAUACUCACUCUGAAAAUGAAGAAGAGAACAUUGCACUUACCUCAACUCUUCAUAAUGAAUCAUCUGAUGAAUCAGACGAUGAGGAGCAUUCAGAUGAAGUGAUGAAUGGUAAGUACAAGGAGCUUUAUGAAGCCUCUAGACAAAUCCUUAAGAAAAAUGAAAAAUUGAGUGAAGAGAUUGUUUUGAUUAAGAGAGAGAAAACGGAGGUUGAAGAGAGAUUGGAGUCUUGUGUAAAAAAAUGGGAGGUUGAAAGGUCUGACUUCGUUAGUCAGAUCAAGGUUUUAGAAGAAAAUUUGAAUGCUCAGGCCACUCUUGCUGGCUCACUUGCUUCUGAAAAAUUAAACCUUGAGCUUGAGUUGAAAGAGUCUCAGCAAAAGUUUUCUAAAUUCUCAAUUGGGUCAGACAAAGUGUCUAGAAUGAUUGGGAUGGGAAAAUCUGAAGGUGACAAAAAAGGCAUAGGUUUUAGUUCUGGUGAGAGCUCUAAAUCUUUGAAAUUUGUGAAGAGUUCAGGUUUCCUUCAACCUGAAAAUGUCAAUGAUAGAAGAGGCAGAGAGUUCAGUUCUAGUGAGCAUGAUAGACGUUCAGAUUUAGCAAAGAAUUAUGUUUUUCCUCAACUUGGAUAUCAUUCUUUGUCUAGAAAGUUCACCCCUAUUUGUCACCAUUGUGGAACUCCAGGUCACAUCAGACCUAAGUGUAACUAUCUUCGGAGAAAUGCACAAAGGGUCUGGACUCCUAGAAAGAGUAAUCAAAACCUCUCUCUGCAGACAAAGUUGAAAGAACACUUGAGAGAAAUUGGCAGGAUUGCUCACUUGGUUUCAAUCCCAGCGUCCUGUAUGCCUCAGAUGAAACAAAUUUGGAAAAGAAAAGAAUCUCAUCACCCUACGUUUUCUCGUACAGGUGAUUGA